AUGGAUGCCGUGAAGAAUGCUGCUAGUGAUACGAAGAAUGCCGCAUGCGAUGCGGGAAGUGCUAUCGGCAGCGCGACCUCCAAUGCCGUGAACAACGCGGGCUCUGCUGUCGGCGGGGCUGUGGGCAGCGCGAGCGCUGCUGUCAGCGGGGCUGCACGCGACGCGAGCAACUAUGUCGUUGACUCGGUCACACCUGAGAAGAGCACCAAAGACAAAAUUAUUGAUAGUAUCAAAAGUCUUGGUCAAUAA